CACACACACACACACACACACACACACACUUAUCACAUAGCAAGAUACACGUGCUAGGUUGCCUUAUCUGCCGAUCACUGUUACCGCCAAGUUAAGUUCUUGUCGUGACGAAUAUCUGAUCAGGUAAACGUUUUGUUCUGUUGGGGAAAGAUGGGGAGGGUGCCGCUAUGGGGAUGGGAGGGGUGUAGCGGUAGUAUUUAUUAACGCAGGUAGUGAGGACAGCACCAGUAAGAGAAAUAACGUUACCAGUAACAGAAGCAUUGUCACAAGCACUAUUAGCAACACAUAUAUGGCACCUCAAAUCAUCGUGGCAUUCAGUCUAGCACUCAGUGUGGUCCUUAACGUACCUCUGACAACCGCCCUCCCACCACCUCGGCCUCCCGCCUCUGACACUGUCUCCACGCAUCCCAUCAUCGCUAACGGCAGCAGGGUAGCCGUGUCCGCCAUGAGCGAAGCUUUCCUCUUCUGCUGGGUGGAUGGCGCGUCCGCUCACCAGGUUGAGUGGCUGGACCCUUUGAAUGUCCCACUGCCUCACUGGAGCCUCGAAGCCUCCCGUUACCAGCUGGGCUCAGGCACACACCUGCCCCACGCCUACCUAGUCUUUGUCGACUUCCGCCAACCGGGCGUUUACACAUGUGUGGCUCGAGGAGCUGCAGCAAUGGAAGAAUGGCGUGCCAGUGUGAUUGUUACUCUCGCCACGCCCUGACACGCCCGUCUUCCACACUAUUCCUUGAUACCUGCACACUACGCCUACCUGAAG